UUUUACCCUGAAGUGGCUGUUGACUUCAGCAAGCUUCUGUAUAAUUUUCCGAGGAGGUUCGUGGUUUAGUGUCCUUUCCUGUCGCGACGACGACAUUGAAGCAGUGGGACAAUGGAUUCAACAUCUGGAUACCAGACGUAUACGUAGUAGGGGUUAUCAGAACUUGGGCGUGCAACUAGCCCACUUUAAGUUUGGAUCGUGAAUUGUGGGAGGGGGGCACACGUGACACAUGCCUGUGGUCAGUGUGUCGUGUUUACAUUAUCAAUCAGCUGACUGACCUCAUGAACGCAGAACGGUUGAAUUGGAAGAGUGCCUUCGCUGAGAAAAGACGAUGGACAAGGAAGAUGUAGCUUCCAGUCCAACGUCUUUGGUUGACAACGUCUCAAAAACCGUGUCUGAGAUGGAGGAACUCUUGGAGAGAGCCAGGAACUUUGUGAAAGAGUCUCUGGAUGAUUUUAUGGACCACAGGGUGGGAUGUCUGGGAGGACUGAUCGGAAUCUACUACAACUUCCUCACCAGGUUAUGUGUCAAGACUAGAUUGGAGGCUGAGAGACUGUGGGAACACCUGUAUAGGUAUCCAUCUGUACAGUCUGCAGUAGAAGACUUGUGGGAGGUAGAGGAGCAGUGGGACAGGUUUCUGCAGGAUGUAGACAAACAGCUGAAUGCAGACAGGGCAGGGGAGGACCUCCGUGUGGGAUCUCUGGGACCGGUGGACGUUCCUCUGGUAGAUGCUCGAACAGGGAGAUCAGUGAACCUGCAGGACUACCUGGGCUCCCAGUGUCUGAUACUGGUGCUCCUCAGACACUUCGCCUGACUGCCAUGACGAGACCACAUCACCCAGAUCAAGGCCCAGGAGGCUGAGAUCCAGGCUGCAGGUGGUCGUGUGAUGGUGGUGUCCUUCGGGUCCCAGACAGGUGCACAGCGAUGGUUACAGGACACCAGCUGUUCCUAUGACAUGCUGCUGGACCAGGACAGGAAGUUGUAUGGUGCCUUCGGCCUUGGGAGAUCAGUAUCCAAGGUCUGGUCUGUCACUGCCCUAACUUACUAUGCUGAGCAGAAGGCUGCAGGACGAACGCUGCCAAAGAAAUAUAGAGAACGUAGAGGACGACCCCCAUCAGAUGGGAGGAGACUUCAUCUUCGACCCACAAGGUCAUGCCCUGAUGGUCCACUGUAGUAAGGUGUCCACAGACAGGCCUGAAGUCACAACCAUCAUCAGUGUGCUGAAGGAAUACCAAAGCAGGGGAG